CGCAGCCUGCUGCUCGACGCCUCGAUUGAAUCCUCUUGCCCUUGAAGGUGGUCUGUUCACUGCCGCUAUCUCUGCAUCAAGACCUCAAUUGAUCAGUCUGGACCCCGUAUCUGCCCUUUGGGAUUUCGGUCGACUCCGCUUCGACAAAGACAAACGAACCUCCCUCAGACAUUCUGCAGGCAGCCGCCCUCCUACCUACACAAGCGUUCAAUCCGGCCACUUCGCUGUUUGCCCGUGGCCAACUUCUUCUUGACUUGUUGCUCUAGCUCCAAAUACAUCCAAGGGCAGCCUUGUCGCCGAUCAGAUUGCGAAUGUGACGCUAGCUCCAGCAGAGACCCUCCGGAUCAUCUUUCCCUUGUUUACGCUCGGCUUGGUUUUUGACGCAUUCAGCGCACUGUGGGAAAGACGUUGCUAUUCCACAAACAGGCAGGGACAGAAAUAGGGUGUUGUCUACUUGAGGAAACAGAUUCCGUGCGUCUGUCACAAGUCUUUAGGGGGGAAGACACAACUUGAAGUGGGUGGAGUGACCGGUCAAGAUGACUUCGACAGCAUUUCGGGAUUCAUUGAAUUCGUUGGGGUGGUCGAGAAGAGAUCCCGACUUGCCGGCCAAUACAUCUUCAACCCCCAUCAUCUCCAGGCUGUCGUCGUUGAACCCUUUUGGUGGUAGAGGCUAUGUCCAGUUACCCACCCACGAGGCUCCCGGUGCGCCGCUGCCUGCGCCUACAAGGAGAGAGGAGGAAGAAGGGUGGUUUGCCUUAAGCCGAUGGGACCGACUUCUUAUUUUUGGUGGAUGCAAUCUUGCCGCUUUGGCAUGCUUUGUUAUCUGUUUUGCACUGUUCCCAGUGCUCUCACUCAAGCCUCGAAAGUUUGCUAUUCUGUGGUCCGUCGGUUCCAUGCUGUUCCUCGCAUCUUGGGCAUUCUUGAUGGGCCCUUACCAAUAUGCCGUUCACCUCAUGUCCGGUCCUCGACUGCCUUUCACCGCAGCCUACUUUGGCUCCAUUGUCAUGACCAUUUACUUCGCCGUCGGCCUCCAUUCCACCAUCCUGACCCUGGUUUCGUCCAUUGUCCAGCUCGUCGCGUUGGUGUGGUACCUGGUCAGCUAUUUCCCAAUGGGAAGCACGGGUCUGCGCUUUGCAGCAAGGAUAGGAGGUGGGCGAGUUGCUGCAUGGAUGAACGACUGAGCACACACCAGCCCUCUGCACAUAUCCUCAGAUACCCUGUAGUAUAUCUGAUGCGAAGAUUUCGUGCCUGUUCCAACACCUCUCAUUCGCCCGUACUGAUUCAAGAAACUCGCCACCUUUUCGUGAUCUUUUCCUAUUCUAAGCUGGACCCAUUUCAGACGAUCAUCCGAGUCGUCUCCGAACGUCUCUUUCCUCGCUCCCGACACCUCUGACGGCAUCCGUGAUCAGCUCGCGCAACUCUCUCUGGCCUUCGUCGGUGUGGAAAUUCUCCCUGGCCGCUAGCUCUUCGAUCCUCCUCCUAAACUCCGGGUCAGGUUCCUGGUCCAUGCUGCUACCCGUCGCACUUGGUGCAGUGUCGAUGUUGAAGGUUACGUUUGGUGGGAGAGGUGGGGGAUGCUGGAUGCCAUUUGAAACGGGUCCAGCUCGACUCGAUGCCGCAUCUGCAGUCGUGUUUUGAGCAGCGUGGGGCUGAAGAUAUUCUGCGAUUUCUGGGUAUUCUUGCUCGGACUCGAAUUUCUCCGCUGCUGUCAUGCCCUCAUCAUUCCGAACGCCUAGAUCAACGUGCAAUUCUUCGACUAGACAUUUCGCAACCUCUACAGUCUCGGCGACAAACAGGCAGG